AUGGGAAAAAUGGAGACAUGGGAAGUGACGGGGCGGACCAAUGAGACCGUAACCAUCACUUAUAAACGCAGAGUCUACAAAGAAGAAGUUUUUACACAAAGUACUGGAAAAAGCCAAGGAAAACCAAUGAUGGUGGAUAAGGAGACGAAGGAUAUGCUGAAAAGAUUGAGUGGGAUGAGCAAAGAUAUCCGGAAGAAGUAUCGGAUUGAGAAGAAGGAGGAGGAGAAAAGUUUCAAGAAGAAUAAGAAGAAUCGGGUAUCCAAGAAGCCAGAAAACCUAAAAUCUCUCAAAGAUGAUAGCGAGGAGGAGGAUCAUAUCAAUGUCGAUGGGGUUUUGAUCAAGAAGGGAGCCAAAGGAGAGCCAUGUGAUCAUCGUGGAGUGCCCCUAUCCCAUCCAAUGGCAAUGACACCGUAUCCGGGAGCCUCAACUGCUGCUCAACGAGAGAAGGCGCGGAAAAUGUUGAAGGAGAUUGCGAGACAGAUGCAUGAGGAGGAUUUGAAGAAGCAGGGAAUUCUCAAAAAGUCUGAAAAAUCUGAAAAUUCGGAGAAAUCUGAGGAGAAAAGCGCUGGAAAUAGUCUCACUGGAUCAUCCAAUUUGACUACACAAACCUCGGAUUUAUCCUCGAUCUCUUCAGCUGCUACUAGCUCGAAAACUUCUGGAAAAUCAUCCAAAUCCAAAUCUAAAUCCAAAUCGACUUCAAAAAGUUCCAAAAACUCGAGAUCUUCUAAUAAAAAAAUGGGAUGUGACAAGUGUGGAAGUUGCCAGAAAUGCAUCCAUCGUUGCUCUCAAAAACACGCGGCAGACGUUAAAGUGACGGAUUACGAACGUGAGCAGUUUCUGAAUGGAAUCAAACGUCUUCGUAAGAAGAUUGUGAAGCCAGAGAAAAACCGUGAGAGAGCCACAAAAUCGCCAUACGACGUCACUCAGAGUGAAUCGGAGUUGGAACUUACUAGUGGUUCGUCGAGCAAAAGUGCCAAGACCUCCAAAAAGAGCAGUGUGGAGAAGUAG